AUGGCAGGAUUCUCCGAAGCAGCAAUGUCAAAACGUUUGCAAACGUUGAAUACUACUCAACAAUCAGUUCAGAUGAUGUCUAUGUGGUUAUUGCAUCAUCAAAAAAAUCACGCACAAACGAUUGUAAAAGUGUGGCUCCAGGAGAUCCAAAAAGAAACAAAACCUGCACGCUUAGUCAAUCUGCUUUAUCUGGCUAACGAUGUAAUUCAAAACAGUCGGAAACACUGUGCGCAUUUUAUGGGAAUGUUUUAUGAAAAUUUGGAGCCAGCAUUUAGGCACGUGAGCACCCAUGCAGAUGCUGAUGCUGUAGUCGCAAUGAAGAAAAUUUUGAGAGUUUUUCGUGAGCGUCAAAUUUAUCCUGAUAAUAAAGUUGAUCGUUUAGUAAAUGCUGUUGCUUCAUCUUUAAGUGGAAUAAGGCUUGUUGAGUUCAAUAUUGAAUUAGGCGGGACAAAUUUAAGCAGCGAAAAUAUUCAAAAAUCUCGUCUGACGCCAACCACCCCGCCAAAUACCGGGAAAACUAUGGAUUCACCAUCACAUUCAUCAACUCCCAUUGUCCAUUCAGAUUCACCGGAACCGAAGAAGUGCAAGGUGGAUAGCGAAAAUUUUGAUGUAAAAAUUAUGACACGAGUAACAGAAGAAGUAAUUGCGUUACUCAAAAAACUGGAAGAUCCUCCAUCAGCUGAUGCCGAAACACGGCAGCUCAUAGCUUCCUUUCCGGAAACUAUUGCAAAUCCAGCUCUUCUAAAACCAAUCAAAGAUGAAUCCCAAGCAGUAGAGUUGCUAAAAAAAAUUAAGGAAGCUGAGCCUGUAGUCAAGGAGUAUUGUAAGAGACUGUCCACGGAAAUGGAGGAUAGGCGAACUUUGCAGCAGUUGCUUCCCGACUAUUUCGAUUUUCUAAAAGCUAGUGCUAUAAGAAAUGAUGAGAUGUUACGUUCUGUUCGAGAAAAAGUAGAAAAAUUGGAACAGGAGAAAAUGUCGGUAAAAGAACAUUUUGAUUCAUUGCCAGAUCUUGCCAACUUACCUACAGGUGCACUACAACCACUUCCUUCUCUUGGAGAAUUAUUCAGAAGUGAUAAAGAUGGUGACCAUAAUAUGGAAAGUGAGAACUGGUAA